GUCCAGCUUGCUUCCCAUUGAAGCGUGCGGCUGCUCAGUUUGCCGGUUGCUCGGGACCAAAUAUUAAAUACGGACAAUAAAAGGUGUUCAGUUGGGUGACCAACCCUUUCGCGUGUUGGUAAAAAUGUCUUAUUGCAGGCAGGAAGGUAAAGACCGCGUCAUCUUUGUGACCAAGGAGGACCACGAAGCACCAAGCAAUGCCGAGCUGGUGGAAGAUGACCCCAAUGACCCCUACGAGGAUCACGGUCUCAUUCUACCCAACGGGGACAUUAACUGGAACUGCCCGUGUCUGGGAGGGAUGGCCAGCGGUCCGUGUGGUCAGCAGUUCAAAGAUGCCUUCUCCUGUUUUCACUACAGCAAGGAGGAGGUGAAGGGAUCCGAGUGCAUUGAUUAUUUUCGCGGCAUGCAGGAGUGCAUGCAGAAAUACCCCGAACUCUACCCACAGGACGACGACAACGAGAGUGCCCCCUCUGACGCCCCCUCCGAUGCUGCCACACUUGUUGAGUCCCACAGCAGUGACUCUGCAUCUGUUUCAGGCUCGGAGGAAGCAGCAGCAAGCACAGAGACACCUGCAGCGAGCUAAUGUUUCUCUCUCUCUCUCUCUCUCUCAUUCUUUCUCAUACACACACACUGACACACAGCCUUUCAACCUCUGAACUGCCGGGCUCAGGAGGAAGGAGACAAGAUGUGACGAAGAUGAAGACAGGAAUGCAAAUGACUAAUCACGCAAUCUAAUUAUUGCUCUUGGAUAAGUGCACACGCCUGUACUACACAUCCUACAAGAAACCGUGUAAAGAAAACUUGUAGUUUUCAAUGCUCCUGCUGAUCAGAUUCGAUGAUUAAUGUUCAUGUCUAAAGGACUACGUCUGCACUGAAUCGUCCUUAGGUGCUUUUCUUGAUUAAAAAAAACCCCAAAAAAACAGAA